AUGCGGCCGGGGCCCGCGCUGCUCCUCCUGGGCCUGGGCCUGGGUCGCCUCCCGCCGCCCUCUGCUCCUCGCGGGGUCCAGGACCUCGGCCCCGGGGCGCCCGCCUCGCCGUCGGGGGCCCCGCCCGGCGUCCCCGUGACCAUCGAGGCCGCGGAGCCGCGCCGAGUCGGGACCGCCCUCGGCUUAGGGAUGCGCGGCGGCCGGGCCCGUCUCCGCCUGCGGCCCCGUGCGGCCCCAGCCGGCGGCGUGGCCCUUAGCGGCGGCCACAGCUUCUGCUUCACGACGGCCGGGGGCACCGCGGCUGCGCCGCGCUGGUACUGCCUCGGCCUGCGCGCCCUGCUCCGCGCCCGCGGCGGGCCCGCAGCGCCUACCGACCUGGACCUGCGGCUGGCUGCGCCGGGUGGCCGGCUCUCCCUGGCCUGGUUCGCGCCGCUGCGACGCCCUCUUCGCCACCCACGAUGGUCUUUCCACCUGCAGCUACUCGGGCCGGGAGAGACCCGGCGUCCCCACUUCUCCGCUCGCUCCGUGCGGCCCGCCAGCCCCGGACUCCACGCAGGCUUCGUGGCCGAAACCACGUGCCCCACGGACGGCCCCACGCCCGUGAUUCUAGAGGCUGUCAACUCGAACACCCCCAAAGCCAUCCAGUCUUCCGUGUCCUGUCAGAUGAAACCCUGUCUGAUCAAGCAGGUAAAGAUCCAUCGGGACCACCCAUCUUCCCCAAUGCGGUUGACCUGGAAGACAGAGGCUGACAUUGAGGCCACCGCGGAGAUCGAUUGCCCAGGCGCCCUUUCCAUUAUUCAAUUUUGGCAAAUUUUCCCAGUGCGUUCUGCGUUGGACGUGCCGGAUUGGACUACACCUUUGGAUAUACCACAACUCCAGACGAGGAUAAAUUCAUCAUCUCUACAUAUCCCCAAGUCUACUUUAACUUGGGGGAUGUAUGUGGUUAAUUUCGUAGUGGCCAUAACCACAUCGGAUCCAGCUAUGCCUUUGGUGAACGAUUCAGAUUACAUUUAUGUGGCGGUUAACAGAAGUCCCUUGAAGGCAGUAAUUCUUGGGGAUUCCCGCAUAACAAUAAAUUUCACAGAUGGCCUGGUUCUGGAUGGCAGAAUGUCCUCAGAUCCAGAUGCAGAUAGCCCUUUGGAAGGACUCAGUUUUUUUUGGUACUGUACCACAGAUCGCAAAAACUACAGAGGAAAUGAAAUCACAGUUUUAAGUAGUGAUAUUUGUCACCCUGAGCAGACUGACCUGCAUUGGACAUGGGCCUCUGGCCCAAUACUAACAGUUUCACCAGAAACACUUCAAGGUAACCGUGUAUAUUUUUUCAGAAUGGUGAUACAGAAAAAUGCCAGAUCAGCAUUUUCUGAUAAAAGGGUUCAUGUGUUCCAAGGACCAACACCUAUAGCAAGAAUUUCGUGUAUUGAAAAUUGUGAUCGAAUUUUAAUUAUAUCAGAUCGAUUUUCUUUGUUUUUAAAUUGCACAAAUUGUGGCCUAAGCCGUAUCUUCUCUAGAUGGUCAAUUUUGUCCCCUACAGCUCAAGAGAUGCCAUUUGAUUGGAGGGGGCAAACCGUAACAGGGAGACAUGGUACUUACUUGUCUAUCAAGGCUUUUGCUUUUAGGCGGUUUCUGGAAAAGCAGUAUUGGAUUUCGCUAUACCUAGCAACAUGGGGUGGCGUGAUCUCAGUCUUUAAGCAUGACUUUGUUAUUAAUCAUGCCCCUCAAGUAGGAGAAUGUGAAAUUAAUCCAGCAAAAGGAAUUGCAUUUGUUACUAAAUUUGUGGUUGGGUGUAGUUCUUUUAAGGACAAGGAUAUUCCUCUUACGUAUAAAAUAAUAGUUUCUGAUUUGUACGGUAUUGGUGAAAUAAGUUCUUUAAAAGAGAAUACCUUAGGGGCCAUCCUGUACUUGGGGACACAGACUAGAGCACCCCCUUCCUUUCUCCCAGUUGGCGUGAUGGCUAAUCAUUAUGCCGUGAAACUGUACGUUCAAGUUUAUGAUUCUCUCGGAGCUUUUUCUCAGGUGACUUUGUAUGCCACAGUGCAGGCUCCUACUGAUGAGAACCAGCCGAGGACUAUUCUGCAUCAGUUACUCAAUGCUACCAUGGGAUCAAGUUCAUUGCUAUCGUCUUUGCUUCAAAAGCAGGAUUUUCUGUCUGCAGGUUACUUACUAUAUACAGUGGCUUCUGUUUUGAAUAGCAUGAAAACUGAGUUAACUCUCUUAGACGACAUGAUCAAUAUCCGAAAACAUCUUGUCAAUCAGACCUUCCUUCUUCCUAUAACCACUUUGGUAGAAAUUAACCAAGUAGUCAUGAUUAUUACAAAAUUAGCUCAGAAAGGCUCCGAAUUCAGCCCAAUUGCUCAGAAACUUGCCACCAUCAGGCUAUGGCAAGCAAACCAAGCACUGCAGACAUAUCGGCAAAAAGAGAAACACUUCCGUUCUGAACAAAUAGAGAUUGUGAGUACUGGGAUAUUUACUAUGUUGUCUAAUAGCCUUCAAUACAUUGCUCCUCACGAAGUUGUGCAAGAUCCUUUCUAUGUAAUAGAAUCUCUAGCAGAUACAAUAUUGGCUAGCAAAGUGCCAGGGAGUGAAACCACCGUCCUGAGCAUUUCAAACCUGAACAUACACCUCGAGAAAAUGGAGAAGUGGGAUGUUACCAAGGUCUUCACAAGUGAACAACACUGCCGAAAUUGUUUUUAUCCCACACUGAGUGUGAGCAGUGUUCCUGAUUUGCCUCCAAAUGCUCCGAUUUCUACAGUGUUUUGUGAGUUUGCAGAUGACCCGUUCCCUUGGUUAAAUUAUGGGAGAAACAUCUCAGUAGAGGUGGUUGGAUUUAGAAUGACAGGGGCCAAGGCUAAUGGUGACGUGGUUGAGAUCACACCUGACGUCGUGGAAGUGUACCUCAUCCGGAAAAACUUGACCUCUACCACUUUUAAUCUCACAGUGGGACCCAACGGUGAACCUGAUGAGGUUGAUGAGCCCUUGAGAAAGACUACAGGGGCAUUUCGCUUUGAAGUGGACAGCAGAGUAGUCAAGGAGCUCUUUGUCCACAUUGUGACCAACGUGACGGUGCUAUUCAAGGUGCUGGUGUAUGCGGGCGGUCACGUCACUCCCACUGCUCUGGUGGCCUCUUUCCUGGUGCCCCAUGACAUGCCUCCUACUGCCAACCAGAGUGGCCUCUUUGACCCUGCCUGUUCUGUGAAGGAGGCCCGUGUGGUUUGCCUUCCGCAGUCUCUGCUGCAGGUGAUAGGUCAGCGCAGACAGUCUUCCAAGUUUGCCGUAUCUGUGGUCCUGCAGGCUCCUCGUUUUGUUUUGUCGCCCAAUAGCAAGCUAGUGAGGAUUUCGCUUUUCAGUGUUCAGUGUUUGGACAUGGAGGGGAUUCAGAGUGAUUGGAGAGACGAUCAUUGUAUUCUAGGUGAGAAGACCAGCUGGCGCAAAGUGCACUGUGUCUGCAAGAACCAAGUAAGGGCCAGGCGGCAGGUGAACUCCGUUUUAAAUCUGACCGGCAUUCAGCUGCAUGCACGCUAUGUGACAGGCAAGGUAAUCGUGAUCCCUAAUGCUGUAGAUCUGCAACUCGAAGUCAUCAAGAAAAUCAACCAAAACCCUGUGACUCUCUUCACCGUACUUUUCAUCCUGCUCAUCUACAUAGUCCUUGCUUUCUGGGCCUUGCACAGGGAUGAAACAGACCAGUUUCAGAGGCAUCGUGUGGUAGUUGUACCCGAUAAUGAUCCUUAUGAUAACAUGUGCUACUUGGUCACUAUUUUUACAGGAAGUCGUUGGGGGUCUGAAACCAGGGCUGAUGUCUUUGUCCAGCUUAUGGGCACAGAGGGUACCAGUGACGUGCAUUGUUUAAGUCACCCAUAUUACACAAUUCUCUACCGAGGAAGCGUCAAUACUUUCCUCCUAACGACGAAAAGUGACUUGGGGGACAUCCUCUCUGUUCGUGUGUGGCACAACAAUGAGGGGAAGAAACCAAGUUGGUAUCUAAGUCGCAUCAAAGUGGAAAAUCUGUUCACCAGAUGCGUUUGGCUGUUCAUGUGCCGGAAAUGGCUUUCUAUUGACACCUCUUUGGAUAGGACAUUUCGUGUUAUCCACCCAGAUGAGCCUCUAAACCGAAAGGACUUUUUCUUAAUAAAUUCAGCUUAUGAGCUAGGGAAAAGUCACAUGUGGUUCUCCAUUUUUGCUGGUGUCAUUGCUAAACCAGUCAACAGGCUACAGAGACUGUCCUGUUGUUUAACAGUGUUGUUAAGCAGUCUUCUUUGUAAUAUUAUGUUCUUUAAUGCCAAUAGAAAAGAAGACAUUGAGUCCAAAGGGUUAUACUACAUCAGGUUAAUGAUGAUAGGAGUUGAAAGUGCCUUAAUUACAGUCCCUGUGCAAUUAUUAUUAAUGGUUUUGUUCACCUAUUCCCAAAAGAAACCUACUCAGAUGACUCUAGAUGAGGUAUCUCCUCGAAAACAUCAUCCUCUGAUGACAGAAGAGAGUGGAUUCUGGGACGAACGUUUGGAAAAGUGGUAUGCUUAUGAAACCACUAAGACGCAGACCAGGAAGACUGAAAAGCAUACAUCGAGAGACAAUCCUGAACUUCCUAAGGCUUCUGGACAGACAACCUUCAAAAGCCAGCAGCCUGAGAAAGCAGAGACUAAGGAUCCAUGGACCGAUACCAGAAACGCCAAUGACAACAACAAUGACAACAUAAAAGACCAUCAAGAUGUUCUUUCAGAAGAAACCCCUUCCAAACAGAAACCUCAGCCGAAGGCCAGAUUUCUUCUGCCUGCUUGGUGUGUUUAUAUAGCAUGGUUCUUGGUUUUUGCCAUUAGUAGCAUAUCAUCAUUCUUUAUCGUAUUUUAUGGGCUGACUUAUGGCUAUAAUCGGUCAAUAAAAUGGCUCUUCACAUCUUUUUGUUCAUUCUUUCAGUCCAUUUUUCUGGUGCAGACAUCUAGAAUUUUACUUCUGUCAGGUUUCAGAACAAAUAAGUCGAAGUAUUGUAAAAACCUUCCAUGGACAAUUAAGUAUCGUUACACAGAGAUCAAGCUUCAUGGGCUGAGGAAGAGUCCAGCUGAAAGGCACAAGCUGCAUCUCCGUAUCAAUCACAUCCGGGGCACCAGGAUGUACCAGCCCCUCACAGAGGAUGAAAUAAGAAUAUUCAAAAGGAAGAAGAGAAUCAAAAAACGAGCGCUCCUCUUCCUUAGUUACCUUCUAACACACUUUAUCUUCCUAGCCCUUCUCUUGGUCCUCAUCGCGGUCAUGCAUCACACGGACAACUUUUACUAUAACCAGUUUAUUCGGGAUUAUUUCUCGGUGGACCUUGCCACGGUCACUAAGCUGGAACAUAUUUAUAGAUGGCUACACAAGGUGCUGUUGCCUUUGCUUCACAACGACCUGAAUCCAACGUUUCUUUUCGACAGCUCAUCUAAAAUCCUUGGCCUUCCACUGAUGCGGCAAGUACGAGCAAAACCUAGUGAAAAAAAGUGUCUGCCUGACAAAAAUCUCAUCCUUCAUAGCGUCAAGAGGGACAUUCAUUGUCAUCCCAAGUAUGGCAUUGACCCAGAAGACACAAAAAACUACUCUAGCUUUUGGAAUGAUGUUGAUAAACAGGCUAUUAACAACAACCGCAAUGGGUUUAUUUAUAAGCCGCAAGAAAAGAAAUGGUCUUACUAUUCCUAUGGGCUGUUACAUACGUACGGAUCAGGAGGGUACAUAUUCUAUUUUUUUCCAGACCAGCAGCAGUUUAAUUCUACAUUGAGGCUCAGGGAGCUCCAAAGAAAUAAUUGGCUUGAUGAGAAGACGUGGGCUGUGAUUGUGGACCUUACGACUUUUAAUUCGGACGUGAAUCUGUUCUGUAGCAUUGCCGUCAUAUUUGAAGUUUCUCAGUUAGGAGUUGUUAACUCAAGUACAUUGGUGCACUCGUUCUCACUUUUUGACUUCAACAGGAAUACUUCAGCCGAAGUCUACGUGUACCUGGCCAUUCUCAUUUUUUUCUUAGCCUAUAUCGUUGAUGAAGGUUAUAUCAUUAUGCAAGAAAAAGCCUCCUACGUGAAAAGUGUGUAUAAUUUACUCAACUUUGCUUUAAAAUGCAUAUUUACUGUUCUGAUUGUCCUUUUUUUCCAGAAACACCUCUUGACCACAGACAUCAUUCAGUUUUACUUAUCGAAUCCUAGGAAUUUCAUUCCAUUUCAUGCCAUUUCUCAAGUAGAUCAUCUUAUGAAGAUCAUUUUGAGUUUCCUGCUAUUUCUGACCAUCUUGAAAACCCUCAGGUAUUCCAGAUUCUUCUAUGAUGUGCGACUGGCUCAGAGGGCCAUUCAAAUCGCUCUUCCUGGCAUCUGCCACAUGGCCUUUGUGGUGUCUGUUUAUUUCUUUGUAUACAUGGCUUUUGGCUACCUGGUAUUCGGCCAGCAUGAAUGGAACUACAGUAACUUGAUUCAUGCCACACAGACAGUAUUCUCUUACUGCGUCUCAGCUUUUCAGAACACUGAAUUUUCUAGUAACAGGGUUCUUGGGAUCUUAUUCCUCUCAUCUUUUAUGCUGAUCAUGAUCUGCAUCUUGAUCAAUUUGUUUCAGGCAGUGAUUCUGUCUGCCUAUGAGGAGAUGAAGCAGCCUGUGUAUGAGGAGCCAUCAGAUGAAGCAGAAGCAAUGACUUAUUUGUGUCGUCAGCUAAGAGCAGUGUUUCGUCUUCUGACCUUCCGCUCCAGGACCAAAAAUGAACCUGAGUUUGUUAUUGACAUGCUAUAUGGACAACCAGAGAAAAACAACCGCCGGUAUCUGGGGCUGAAGACCAGAAACAUUAAUGGGAAAAAAAUGAUUUAUCUUGUUGUUUGA